AAUGUUGUUCGUUGACACCUCUAUCUUUGGAAAAUAACUAUCAAACAGUACAUAAAAAAUAGUUUUCCAUUACAGUAUUGCAUUUCGAGGGGCCGCAUUUGUUCAAGCUGGUGCCAGCGCGACUGUGGUAGACAACGCGAUGUAUUCAUUCUACGAAUAUGUAGAAAAACAUCCACAAUUCAAUCGAGCCACUUUUGAUAAUGACUUUGCACUUCUAAAGCUCGAGCAACGACUGACUUUUUCCGAUAAAAUUAAGAAAGUUGAAUUAGCCAAUCAUGACGAUAAAAUCAAUCCGGGCGAUCUAUGUUGGCUGGUUGGAUGGGGAGCUUUAUAUGGAGACAGCAGACAAGUAAAAACCAUUCACUACGGCAACAUAGCUCAAACAGAUUUGCUUCAUAAACUUUUGGUGCAAAUUUAUGAUAAUUCAUUUUGUAAUAAAAUUUAUAAAGACCAAUGGACGGAAAAUAUGAUUUGUGCCGGCCAUGAUAACCAAUCGAAGGGCCAAUGCAAUGGUGAUGCUGGUGGGCCAUUAAUUUGUCAUAAUAAGCUGUUUGGCAUUCUUUCGUUUGGUAAGGAAAACAAAGAAUGUGGCAGACAUCCAGAUGUUUAUGGGCGUGUUAAAAAAGUUCGUAAAUGGAUCAAAGAGAAAACGGGAAUAAACUCAUGAGGGAAAUAAACAAUAAUAACAAUUUUAUGAUCAGUUUGCACGAGAGGUGUCUUGAAUAUGCGUUAUAGUACGAUACUUUUGUCAAAAGAAACUUUUAUGUUGUGCACAAUUAAAAUGAAUUGGGACUAUGUCUAACCAAAAAGCAAAAAUUCAGUUCAAAAUCCGAUGUUUUGUUCGAGAAGUUUGAUUUCCAAAUUUUGAACUAGAAGAAAUUAUACUUGAAUUUCGACAAACGCGUUCAGAUGAAAAUAUUCAAAAAAAAACUUUGUCAACAAUAAAGCCAAAAUGAAAUUGAAAAAUUUCCUUGGUUUAUAUUAAAGUAUAUUUGUCCACAGCUUAAAUCGUUGCGUACUAGUGCAGAAGAAACCAUUUCGAUACUGCACCAACAACUUUUAUUUAUUUUUUGAAGAGGAUUUGGUCAAAAAAGCCACAAAAACAUCGUAGAUCUUAUAUUUACAGCAAUAUUUCAAUUAAUCAUU